CAGCUCACGUUUGUGAACGUGUGGCUCAAUGGCAGUAUGAUCUUGAAGAUGUGGCGAGACCUCAGGCUUCAUUUAAGAAUAGCUGGGAGGGUAUGGAGGAGUCUGAAGCGAGAGACAGUGCCUCACAGAACUAGAAUAUGGAGCUAUCCUGUACUACGUCAGUUAUCUGAAGUAGAUAAAAAUGCACCGGAAGAUCUUAAGGCUAACAAUGCUACAUGCAGUAAAGACAAAAAUGGCCUUAAUUCUACCACUUUGAUUCAAACUGAUGUAACUAGUACUAAUAAAGAAGACACUGAUUGGGAUCUCGUUGGCACUACUAAUAGUGCAGCAGUGCUAGAAGAUACUGACUGGGAUCUUAAAGAUGACAACCCUGUACCAUUAGCUACCAAUAGCGAGGAUAACAACUGGGAUCUUAAAGAUGAUGAUGCUGUACCAUUAGCUACUAAUAGCAGUGAUACUGACUGGGAUCUUAAAGAUGAUGAUAACGAUGAUGUUGUACCAUUAGCUACUAAUACUGAAGAUACUGACUGGGAUCUUAAAGAUAGUAAUACUAAUGUUCCACCUACCUCACCUGUUUCCCUAUCAAUCAGUGAAGGUGAUCUUGUAGAGAUGUGUGAGCAGUUAAAAGGAAGAGAGAAGCUAUUAAAAUCAGUAGCAGCUGGACAAGGAAUAACUGGUGAGAUUUAUGAUGAAGUACUCACAAGUUUCUGUGAGCUGUUACAAGACCCGACACAAUACUCUGAGAACACGGCUCUAUCAAACACAGUUGAGAGUAUUCACAGAGGAUCCACACACGUCGACAGUCUCUUCACUUAUUUCAUCAACCACGCCCACAAAUGCUACCCUCUCCUGUAUGUCCUCCCUCAACUGAAGAAUAUAGCAGAUCUCACUUCACCUGCUCAAUGGUAUCCAGCCGCCAGGGCAAUGAAGCGUCAUUUUGUGAUACACGCUGGACCGACUAACUCAGGGAAGACCCACAAGGCGCUGGAGGCAUUUUAUAACGCCAGCAGUGGGAUAUACUGCGCCCCUUUGAGGAUGUUGGCUCAAGAAAUAUAUUUCAAAUCAAAUGAUCAAGGGGUGGAGUGUGAUCUAAUAACUGGUGAAGAGAGGAUUUACGUUAGUGGUAGUCCUGAGAAACUCUCCAACCACACGUCAUGUACCAUUGAAAUGGCAUCCACUGCUAUCGGAGAAGAAUUUGAUGUGGCCAUUAUUGAUGAAGCUCAGAUGGUACGAGAUACUGAAAGAGGUGGGGCAUGGACACGUGCCAUAUUAGGUGUCCCUGCUAAAGAGAUACAUUUGUGUGGUGAAGAAUCAGUCAUUUCCAUCAUCAGAAGUAUUGCUGAAUCAGUUGGUGAUACUGUGGAGGUGAAGAGAUAUGAAAGGCUAACGCCACUGAUCCCACUGAAGAGGAGUCUCAUUGGUAAUUAUUAUUUCAUUCGACCUGGGGACUGUGUCAUUGUCUUCUCAAGACGACUAGUGUUUGAAGUGAAGGAUCACAUUGAACGAGCUACUGGGAGACGCUGUGCUAUUGUGUAUGGGGGACUACCAUCAGUAAACAGACGCGAACAAGCUGAAUUGUUCAAUUCUCCUACCUCUGGUUUUGAUAUACUAGUAGCUACUGAUGCCAUUGGAAUGGGACUCAACCUACACAUUAGAAGAAUCCUGUUUCAUUCCGUUUCUAAAGUUGCCCGUGGUAACCUAGAGAACCUUUCCUCGUCCCAACUAAAGCAGAUAUCAGGAAGAGCUGGUAGAUAUGGGAGCUUUAAUGUUGGAAUAGUCACUACAUUUUUUAAUAGAGACAUGCCUUAUUUUCAAGAAGCUUUUAAGAAGAAAAUUGCUGAUAUAGAUAAAGCUGGUCUUACUCCAACUCUUGAGCAGCUGCAGUUAUUUUCAAAGAGUCUGCCAAAUCUAAAGCUUCAUGAGCUAUUGUCUGUUUUUUCGAUGGCAGCGAAAUUAGAUGGUCGAUAUUUCUUAUGUGAAGACAAGAUGCAGGAAUGGAGGGCUAUUUCUGAAGUUCUUUCUGUGUAUAAUUUGGACCUGAAGGACGCCAUCACAUUUUGUUUGUGUCCUGUGAAUCUCAAUGUGCCUUUAUUGAGGAAAAUGUUUUCCAUUUACGCUGCACAAGUUAGUGAGAAGAAACCUGUUACUUACGAGUUUGUUAAAAGAGCUCUUAAGUGGCCGUUCAGGGAACCACAGAACUCAAGUGAUUUCUUCAUUUUCGAGAAGGCACACGAAGUCAUGGAUACCUAUCUCUGGCUUGGUCAGAGGUUUCCCGAAUAUUUUCCACACUCUGAGAAGAUCAGUUUACUUCAGAAAGACAUUGAAAACAUUAUCGGGUCCUCCCUGAGAAAAAGAAGGUCUUAUAGAAGAGGGAUAUCGGUGGCAGCGUCCCUCUUUAGACCCAUUAUAUCUCAUAGGAGAGGCUCUCCUCUUAGUAGGGUCAGGAUUAUUGAUGAGGAGUUACCAACAAUCACUCCUUCGACUUACAUAUAUAAAUCAAAUCACUAUAAGCAGUAGCUGGCUGGUGGUAAUGGUGAUUCGACUAAUGAGAGACAUCAAGUUUGUUGUUGAUUCAAUUCUAACAAUUCUUUGUGUUCCAAUUAUUUGUAUAAUUAUUAUGUCAAUGUAUUGGAUUUAAGAUAAUUUAUUGUAAAUAAUCAGUCCCAUACUAGAAAGAUAUGGUAUUAAUA